AAGAGAUCUUUAAAAUGAGAUUUACUCUUUUAGUGUUCACUUUUAUAAGUGGAACACUUUUCGUUGAUUUAGUUCGUGCAAAAUAUUUAAAUAAUCAGAAUGACCAUUGUCCUAAAGGAACGUUCUAUGAUCCGGUAUUAAAAAAAUGCAGAGAUUUUCCAGGAGGUGGAGAACCUAUUUACGUAGAUCAUUCAACAAGAUGUUCUGACAAUUUUAUUGGAAUUAAAAUACACCCAACGAAGAGCAAUUACUACUACCUCUGCGAAGAGGAUUGUGUAGUUAUUGGCAGAUGUACUAGCCUAAGUCUUUUCAACGAUUUAAAAAAGACAUGCGAAAAAAUCCUAGAACCAUUUAUGCCUUCUCUAAAAAUUUACGACGAAUCCGACGGUACUGUUGAAGUUCCUGAAUGCACACAUGUUGGAAAAUUUCCUGCUCUUUCCAAUUGUUCCUACUUCUACACUUGUGACUAUAAUUCAGGAUAUUAUGUUCAAAAAGUGUUUAAAUGUCCCGGAGGUUCAGAAUAUAAUAGAAACUUAAACAGAUGCACAUACUAUGGAAAGUGCAAUCCGACUGAACUUUUACCAACAGAAGAGGACAGUGUAUGUCCUCCAUGUAAAUAUCCUGGACGAUUUAGAUGUCCAACAGACUGCUCCACAUACUGCUCAUGCAGUCCAAAAACCAAUGGAAAAUUUUACUUGACACAGUAUUCAUGCCCACCAUCAAUGUUCUAUGAUGUUGAAAAAGAUGGAUGCCUACCAUCCAGUCAAGUGAAGUGCGAAUAUCUCACAUCAGACGAACUAAUAGACAUGUACAUAGCGAAGAAAAAAAGUAGAAGUUUAUCAGAUGCACAUACUCUCGAUGAUGACCAAACAAAAACUACAGACAGAGUGAAAGGACAGUAUGACAUGUACGAUGAUCCAAUAGGUGAAAUUCCCAUUGAAGCUCAACUCAAACAUGAUUACAAUAAAGCAUUUUCAUAUGAAUCUGCAGAGGAAGGGGAAGAUGAUCAGUACAAUUACGGAUAUGAUGAUUCCAAUCUUGAACCACAUGAAGACCAUCAUAACUGCGGUAGUCAGGAAAUUAGUGAGGAUUGCGGAGAAUCUACUUACGAUACGCAAAAUGACAAAGAUCAACAAAGAGCACAUGCUCAGUACUUACUAAAUCUCCCAGAAGAGGUUGAUCCAUCCCAUGACUCAGCAAUUCCGGUUGAACACUACAGUACUCACAGUGAACAACAAAUUCCUACAACUAAGAGACACACCGAUUACCCACCAACUCCGAUGCCUCCAAAUGACGAUCCAUACAUGACUGAUGCACAUGACAGACAUCCAAUACAUCUCUUAGUUGAUCCCUCAAAUGACCCAUCAUCACAAGAAAGCGAAUACGAACCUGAAUCAUCGUCAUAUGAACCUCCACAAGAGGAAGAUGAACCUGAAACAUCAUCUUACGAACCACCACAAGAAGAAGAUGAGCCUGAAACAUCAUCAUAUGAACCACCACUAGAGGUAGAUGAACCUGAAACGUCAUCUUACGAACCCCCACAGGAAGGCGAAGAUGAACCUGAAUCGUCAUCAUAUGAACCUCCACAAGAAGAAGACAAACCUGAAACGUCAUCUUAUGAACCUCCACAAGAGGAAGAUGAACCUGAAACCUCAUCAUACGAACCUCCACAAGAAGAAGAUGAACCUGAAACCUCAUCAUACGAGCCUCCACAAGAAGAAGACGAACCUGAAUCAUCAUCAUAUGAACCUCCACAAGAGGAAGAUGAACCUGAAUCGUCAUCAUAUGAACCUCCAGUAGAGGAAGACGAACCUGAAUCAUCAACAUAUGAACCUCCACAAGAAGAAGACGAACCUGAAACCUCAUCAUACGAACCUCCACAAGAAGAAGACGAACCUGAAACGUCAUCAUAUGAACCUCCUCAAGAGGAGGAAGACGAGAGAGAACCCAUACAUCUCCUUGUUGAUCCCUCAAGUGAUCCAUCACCACAGGAAAGUGAAUACGAACCUGAAUCGUCCUCAUACGAACCACCACAUGAAGAAGAUGAACCUGAAUCAUCAUCAUAUGAACCUCCACAAGAAGAAGACGAACCUGAAUCAUCAUCAUAUGAACCUCCACAAGACGAAGAUGAACCUGAAACGUCAUCAUAUGAACCUCCACAAGAAGAAGACGAACCUGAAUCAUCAUCAUAUGAACCUCCACAAGAGGAAGAUGAACCUGAAACGUCAUCAUACGAACCUCCACAAGAAGAAGACGAACCUGAAUCAUCAUCAUAUGAACCUCCACAAGAAGAAGAUGAACCUGAAACGUCAUCAUAUGAACCUCCACAAGAAGAAGAUGAACCUGAAUCAUCAUCAUAUGAACCUCCACAAGAGGAAGAUGAUCCUGAAACAUCAUCUUAUGAACCUCCACAAGAAGAAGACGAACCUGAAACAUCAUCAUAUGAACCUCCACAAGAGGAAGAUGAACCUGAAUCAUCAUCAUAUGAACCUCCAGAAGAGGAAGAUGCUCCUGAAACAUCAUCUUAUGAACCUCCACAAGAAGAAGACGAACCUGAAACGUCAUCAUAUGAACCUCCACAAGAGGAAGAUGAACCUGAAUCAUCAUCACAUGAACCUCCACAAGAGGAAGAUGAACCUGAAACAUCAUCAUAUGAACCUCCUCAAGAGGAGGAAGACGAGAGAGAACCCAUACAUCUCCUUGUUGAUCCCUCAAGUGAUCCAUCAGCACAGGAAAGUGAAUACGAACCUGAAUCGUCAUCAUAUGAACCUCCACAAGAAGAAGACGAACCUGAAACGUCAUCAUAUGAACCUCCACAAGAAGAAGACGAAUCUGAAACAUCAUCAUAUGAACCUCCACAAGAGGAAGAUGAACCUGAAACAUCAUCUUACGAACCUCCACAAGAAGAAGACGAACCUGAAACGUCAUCAUAUGAACCUCCACAAGAAGAAGACGAACCUGAAACCUCAUCAUACGAACCUCCACAAGAGGAGGAAGACGAACCUGAGACAUCAUCAUAUGAACCUCCACAAGAAGAAGACGAACCUGAAACCUCAUCAUACGAACCUCCACAAGAAGAAGACGAACCUGAAUCAUCAUCAUAUGAAUCUCCACAAGAAGAAGAUGAACCUGAAACCUCAUCAUACGAACCUCCACAAGAAGAAGACGAACCUGAAACGUCAUCAUAUGAACCUCCACAAGAGGAAGAUGAACCUGAAUCAUCAUCAUAUGAACCUCCACAAGAAGAAGACGAACCUGAAACGUCAUCAUAUGAACCUCCUCAAGAGGAAGAUGAACCUGAAUCAUCAUCACAUGAACCUCCACAAGAGGAAGACGAACCUGAAUCAUCAUCAUAUGAACCUCCACAAGAAGAAGACGAACCUGAAACGUCAUCAUAUGAACCUCCUCAAGAGGAGGAAGACGAGAGAGAACCCAUACAUCUCCUCGUUGAUCCUUCAAGUGAUCCAUCACAACAUGAAAGUGAAUACGAACCUGAAUCGUCAUCAUAUGAACCCCCACAAGAAGAAGACGAACCUGAAUCAUCAUCAUAUGAACCUCCACAAAAUGAAGACGAACCUGAAACGUCAUCAUAUGAACCUCCACAAGAAGAAGACGAACCUGAAACGUCAUCAUAUGAACCUCCACAAGAAGAAGACGAACCUGAAACGUCAUCAUAUGAACCUCCACAAGAAGAAGACGAACCUGAAACGUCAUCAUAUGAACCUCCACAAGAAGAAGACGAACCAGAAUCGUCAUCAUAUGAACCUCCACAAGAAGAAGACGAACCUGAAACCUCAUCAUAUGAACCUCCACAAGAAGAAGACGAACCUGAAACGUCAUCAUAUGAACCUCCACAAGAAGAAGACGAACCUGAAACGUCAUCAUAUGAACCUCCACAAGAAGAAGACGAACCUGAAACGUCAUCAUAUGAACCUCCACAAGAAGAAGACGAACCCGAAACGUCAUCUUAUGAACCUCCACAAGAAGAAGACGAACCUGAAACGUCAUCAUAUGAACCUCCACAAGAAGAAGACGAACCUGAAUCGUCAUCAUAUGAACCUCCACAAGAAGAAGACGAACCAGAAUCGUCAUCAUAUGAACCUCCACAAGAAGAAGACGAACCUGAAACCUCAUCAUAUGAACCUCCACAAGAGGAGGAAGACGAACCUGAGACAUCAUCAUAUGAACCUCCACAAGAAGAAGAUGAACCUGAAACCUCAUCAUAUGAACCUCCACAAGAGGAGGAAGACGAGAGAGAACCCAUACAUCUCCUUGUUGAUCCCUCAAGUGAUCCACCACCACAUGAAAGUGAAUACGAAACUGAAACGUCAUCAUACGAACCUCCACAGGAAGAAGACGAACCUGAGACGUCAUCGUAUGAACCUCCACAAGAAGAAGACGAACCUGAAACGUCAUCAUAUGAACCUCCACAGGAAGAAGACGAACCUGAAACGUCAUCGUAUGAACCUCCACAAGAAGAAGAUGAACCUGAAUCGUCAUCGUAUGAACCUCCACAAGAAGAAGACGAACCUGAAUCGUCAUCAUAUGAACCUCCUCAAGAAGAAGAUGAACCUGAAACCUCAUCAUAUGAACCUCCACAAGAAGAAGACGAACCUGAAACAUCAUCAUAUGAGCCUCCACAAGAAGAAGAUGAACCUGAAACGUCAUCAUAUGAACCUCCACAAGAAGAAGACGAACCUGAAUCAUCAUCAUAUGAACCUCCACAAGAAGAAGACGAACCAGAAUCAUCCUCAUAUGAACCACCACAAGAAGAAGACGAACCUGAAUCAUCAUCAUAUGAACCUCCACAAGAAGAAGACGAACCUGAAUCAUCAUCAUAUGAACCUCCUCAAGAGGAGGAAGAUGAGAGAGAACCCAUACAUCUCCUUGUUGAUCCCUCAAGUGAUCCAUCACCACAUGAAAGUGAAUACGAACCUGAAUCGUCAUCAUAUGAACCUCCACAAGAAGAAGACGAACCUGAAACGUCAUCAUAUGAACCUCCACAAGAAGAAGACGAACCUGAAACGUCAUCGUAUGAACCUCCACAGGAAGAAGACGAACCUGAAACGUCAUCGUAUGAACCUCCACAAGAAGAAGACGAACAUGAAACGUCAUCAUAUGAACCUCCACAAGAAGAAGACGAACCUGAAACGUCAUCAUAUGAACCUCCACAAGAAGAAGACGAACCUGAAACGUCAUCAUAUGAACCUCCACAAGAAGAAGAUGAACCUGAAACGUCAUCAUAUGAACCUCCACAAGAAGAAGACGAACCUGAAACGUCAUCGUAUGAACCUCCACAGGAAGAAGACGAACCUGAAACGUCAUCGUAUGAACCUCCACAAGAAGAAGACGAACCAGAAUCAUCCUCAUAUGAACCACCACAAGAAGAAGACGAACCUGAAUCAUCAUCAUAUGAACCUCCACAAGAAGAAGACGAACCUGAAUCAUCAUCAUAUGAACCUCCACAAGAAGAAGACGAACCUGAAUCAUCAUCAUAUGAACCUCCUCAAGAGGAGGAAGAUGAGAGAGAACCCAUACAUCUCCUUGUUGAUCCCUCAAGUGAUCCAUCACCACAUGAAAGUGAAUACGAACCUGAAUCGUCAUCAUAUGAACCUCCACAAGAAGAAGACGAACCUGAAACGUCAUCAUAUGAACCUCCACAAGAAGAAGACGAACCUGAAACGUCAUCGUAUGAACCUCCACAGGAAGAAGACGAACCUGAAACGUCAUCGUAUGAACCUCCACAAGAAGAAGACGAACCAGAAUCAUCCUCAUAUGAACCACCACAAGAAGAAGACGAACCUGAAUCAUCAUCAUAUGAACCUCCACAAGAAGAAGACGAACCUGAAUCAUCAUCAUAUGAACCUCCACAAGAAGAAGACGAACCUGAAACGUCAUCAUAUGAACCUCCACAAGAAGAAGACGAACCUGAAACGUCAUCGUAUGAACCUCCACAGGAAGAAGACGAACCUGAAACGUCAUCGUAUGAACCUCCACAAGAAGAAGACGAACAUGAAACGUCAUCAUAUGAACCUCCACAAGAAGAAGACGAACCUGAAACGUCAUCAUAUGAACCUCCACAAGAAGAAGACGAACCUGAAACGUCAUCAUAUGAACCUCCACAAGAAGACGAACCUGAAACGUCAUCAUAUGAACCUCCACAAGAACCCGAAUAUGAACCUGAAUCCCCUGAUGAAACUCAACCUAUACCUGAUAAUUUUCAUCCAGUCCACUUACUGAACAUACCACAUGAAAUGCAUUACCCAGAACAAGCUACAGAUACUGAAGUAGACAUACCUAAACAUUCUGAUAGUGAGUACCACAACUUACACAAAGACAAAUUUGAUUCUGAAGACUUAGAAAUUUACGAGGAGGGAGGUUGUGUUGAAACUGUAGAUGAUCGGCCAUGCUGUGAUUGCCAGAAGGAAAAAGUUAUAGUUUUUGAUCCAGAAAAAGACCAGUCAACGCUCAUGUUUAAAUUUAACAAAGCUUACCAAAUUAUCAUAAAUCUAAAGGAAAAAUUUUGUGACUGCCCUUGUCAUUCUGAGGAAUCUAAGUAA